AUGGCUGAUGCUAGUUCGAGGACUGACACAUCCAUAGUUGUGGACACUGACGAUAAGAAUCAAAGGCAGAAUUUUCUUAUUUUUCUUAACCAAGUUGUGCAGAUGGAAAACGGACAAAAUGGAGCUAUCGUGCCUUCUAAUUCAUCUGAACCGUCUGACAGGUCCGACAGGCCUAUGGACCAAAAGGUGGUAUUGCGGAGGCUUGCCCAAAAUCGCGAGGCAGCACGAAAAAGUCGUCUGAGGAAAAAGGCGUAUGUACAACAACUUGAGAGCAGUAAGCUAAAACUUGCAAGCCUGGAACAAGAACUCCAGAAAGCUCGACAGCAAGGAAUCUUCAUUUCUAGCUCUGGGGAUCAAACUCAUGCUAUGAGUGGAAAUGGAGCGAUGACAUUUGAUUUAGAAUAUACUCGAUGGCUAGAGGAGCAAAAUAAGCAGAUAAAUGAGCUGAGGACUGCAGUAAAUGCUCAUGCAAGUGAUAGUGACCUCCGUCUUAUUGUAGAUGGAAUAAUGGCACAUUAUGACGAAAUAUUCAAGCUGAAGGGCGCUGCUGCAAAGGCUGAUGUGUUUCAUAUACUUUCAGGCAUGUGGAAAACACCUGCUGAAAGAUACAACAUUUCUCAUGUUCUUGUAAAUUUUCAGCUCCUUGUAAAUCAGCUCGAGCCUCUAACAGAGCAGCAGUUGAUGGGGUUAUCCAGCCUCGAGCAAUCCUCACACCAGGCCGAGGAUGCACUAUCACAAGGAAUGGAGGCAUUGCAGCAAUCUUUGGCUGAAACGUUGGCUGGUUCCCUUGGUCCAUCAGGAUCUUCAGGAAACGUGGCAAACUACAUGGGUCAAAUGGCUAUGGCUAUGGGAAAACUUGGAACCCUUGAGAAUUUCCUUCGCCAGGCUGACAAUCUACGGCAACAAACUUUGCAUCAAAUGCAAAGAAUUCUGACAAUACGGCAAGCUGCUCGAGCUCUCCUUGCAAUACAUGACUAUUUCUCACGUUUGCGUGCCCUGAGUUCUCUCUGGCUCGCGAGGCCACGGGAGUAA